AUGCAGUUCGAUAUACGAAGAUUUGAUAUUUAUCGUAAAAUUCCUAAAGAUCUCACACAACCAACAACUACAGGUGCUGCGAUAUCACUUAUUUGUAUCACAUUUAUUUCAACAUUACUUCUUAUUGAACUCUAUUAUUUUAUUACACCUGACGUUGUUAGUGAAUUAUUUGUUGAUGUACCAGAGUCUGGAAUAGCUGAUCGAAUACCAGUACAUCUUGAUGUUACGGUAUUAGGAAUCAAUUGUCCAUUUCUUGGUAUUGAUAUACAAGAUGAUCUUGGUCGACACGAAGUCGGAUUUCUUGAAAAUACUGUAAGAACACCCGACAACAGUGGUGCUGGUUGUCGUAUUAAUGCUACAUUUAAAAUAGCUCGUGUACCGGGUAAUUUCCAUAUAUCAACACAUUCCGCUGCAAUGCAACCUGCAAAUGCUGAUAUGAAACAUGUGAUACAUGACUUAACGUUUGGAGAUUCAAUUAAAGGGUUUCGACAAAUUCCAAAUCGUAGAGCAUUCCAUCCAUUGAGACGCUUUAAUAAUACAAACCGACCGAAUGAUGCUUCACAUGAUUAUUUAAUGAAGAUCGUACCUACUAUAUAUGAAAAUCUUCGUGGAUUACGUCGAUAUCCAUAUCAAUUCACAUUUUUCUAUCGGGAAUAUACUCCUCAUCAGCAUGGCAUGGUACCAGCCAUAUGGUUUCGUUAUGAUAUAAUACCAAUAACAGUGAAAUAUACUGAACGUCGACAAAAAUUUUAUGCAUUUAUAACAUCGAUAUGUGCUGUUGUUGGUGGUUCAUUUACAGUGGCAAGCAUUCUUGAUUCAUUAAUAUUUACAGCUAGUGAAUUAUUUAAAAAAUUUGAACUUGGCAAAAUGACAUGA